UCGUGGCGCACAUCCAGGCCGCCAUGGCCGUGGAUGGCCACCACGUCGCCCCCGGCCUAUAUAAAAUGUCCCCCGACAACCCUAGCUCACCCUUGACCAGUACCCCCCUCGAUCCCCCUUCGCCCCUCUCCUCUUUGCCUCAAUUUCGAACUCAGAUUUGGUGCGGUGGCCGCUUCCUCACCGUCGUUACCAUGGCCACCGUCGUCGCCAUCGCUUCGGAGCACGUCUACGAGGUCCACCAUGGUCAUCUUCAUUCGUCCUGGGCUCGAGCUCAAGCCGGGGCGGCCUGUACCCUCGCCAUCGCCAUCAUCUGCAUCGUGUACAUCACCGGCGUUUGUCGUCGAUUCUCACAGUUCCGGUCCACCCCAACACUCUCCAACCUCGUCCUCGGCUCCACGACCCCGUGACGGCUGCCGAUGCUGCUGUGAUCGACUACGUCGAUGACGACCCCUCCUU